AGCGGAUCAAGCAAGCGGAUCUCAAGAGAUCGUACACAAUCCAACCCGUUACCCGCCUUGCCUCCGCCGUUCCCGUUUCGGGCAAAAUCACACUCUAUGUAUGAUUUUUAGGGCAAAUCUGUUUCGGGUUUGUCUCUCUCCGAUCCAUUUCCAUCCCCAAAAAGCAACAGUAAAGAGAACAGGGGGAAAACAAACGAGAGGCCGGAAACCUUAAUUCCCGUCUUGAGAAUUUCUUCUCCCCUAUAAUUCGCCCGUUGACUUGAGUUCGAUCUCUAGGGGUUGACUUCACCGCUGCUGUCGGCGAUCGAAUCAGCGAUGAGAGGCUCGUGUUCGCAGCAGCAGAAGAAGAAGGAUCUCUCUGCCUACGAUUUUAAUGCGGAAGAAUUGGCGGUGGAGGAAGCGGCGGCCAAUUAUAGAUCGAGGACCAGCAGAUUGCUUCAGUCGUCGAAGUCGAAGUCUAACCCUAACCCUAAGGAAGAAGAGAGAGAUGAGGACAUGAAGUACAAGUUCCUUCAAGCUUUUUCAGGAUCGGAUUGCAAGCGCAUGGAUGUAAAUGACAUAUCAUGUAUAGAUUUGCAUGAAAAUGGUAGUGCACAGGGUUCAUCUGGUGUUGACUCACCAGAGAGGAACAUGGCCACCACUGAUGAUAAGUCUGGGCUGGACGAAAAUAGGAUAUCAUCAACAAGUGACCAAAAGCAGGACAACCCAUGCCUUACCAAAUUUGACCCUGAAGGCGUUGUGAGGAAAGACUCCUUCAUGACAGGAGCUACUAGUCUUAUUGUACCUUCAUUUGACGAUGAGCAUGUCUUUAAUCUGCAAUCUGAUGGAACUUCAGUUGAUGUGAUCUCUGAUGAUGAAGAAAGCUGUGGGUCGGAAUCUGAGUCGGCGUCAACUGCCUCUUAUCAUGUGGAUGAUGAAGAUUACUUGGAACAUCCGAUUUCAGAUAUUUAUUUUUCUGCAUUUGGGGAAAAGGAUAAAGAUGACUUGGCAGUUAUUGUUACCCCAGAUUAUGUCAUACAUAAAAACACUUUGUAUGGAGAGGCACGCUUAUUGUUCUUUUCAGAUUCCAUCAUUGUGAAGUGUUCUGAUGUAAAUGGGAACAAUGAGAACUUUGUUUUAGAAUGUUCAGUUGCUGAUAUAAUUCACAUCCAAUGCCGAUGGAGUGUCAGUGUCGAGUCUGCUCUGAUUAAAUUUUAUCUAAGAGCAACUAGAGUAAAUGGAAACAAACAAAUUCAUGAUAGUUGUGUGAAAUUAAUUUGCGCUGUCUCUGAUAUGCGCUGGCUUGAGAAAGAGACGAAGAUCAAGUCUUUAGCAGAGAGAUAUAAAGAUAUAUGGAAUGCUUCUCACAACCAUCAGUCCGCAUUGGAAGAUGAUGAUAUGGAGUGUAAGAUAUUCUUUCCAAGACAUUAUUUCAUUGAAAUACCAGAUUCCUUUGAGGAUGUUAUCUACCCAAAAGGUGAUCCUGACGCUGUUGCAAUAAGUAAAAGGGAUAUUGAACUGUUACAACCUGAUACUUUUAUCAAUGAUACAAUUAUUGACUUCUAUGUUAAAUACUUGAAGACAAGGAUUCCACAUAAUGAGAGACAUAGAUUCCACUUCUUCAACAGCUUCUUCUUCCGCAAGUUAGCAGAUCUUGACAAGGAUCCAGGAAGUGCUUCAGAAGGCAGAGCAGCAUUCUUACGAGUCCGUAAAUGGACACGUAAAGUAAACAUAUUUGAAAAGGAUUACAUUUUUAUACCGGUUAACUUCAAUCUACACUGGAGUUUACUUGUUGUAUGUCAUCCAGGAGAAGUGUCUAUUUUAGAAGAAGAAGACAUUAAGGACUCGCCUAAAGUUCCCUGUAUAUUGCAUAUGGAUUCCAUCAAAGGAAGUCAUAGUGGUCUCAAGAAUCUUGUUCAAAGUUAUCUGAUGGAGGAGUGGAAAGAAAGACAUCCAGAUUCAGUUGAUGACCAUACAUCAAAGUUCUCAAAUAUGAGAUUCGUCUCUCUUGAGUUGCCGCAACAGGAGAACUCAUUUGACUGCGGUCUUUUCUUGCUUCACUAUGUGGAGCUGUUCUUGGAAGAAGCUCCAAUUAAUUUUAAUCCGUUCAAGAUAAACAAAUUCAAUAGCUUCCUUACGAUGGAUUGGUUUAUUCCUUCUGAGGCAUCUUUUAAACGUUCUCUCAUUCGGAAGCUAAUAUACGAUCUUCUGAAUGAUCCCUCUCAAAAUGUUCCUCCAACCUCUAAUGAUGUUAUUUCCUCGGGAUAUCAUGAUAGUAAUACUGAGCAGAGACCGGGUUUGGAGUUUCUUAAUAAGCAUUAUGAUACAUCCAAGACUUAUGUUGGUAACUCCACAUGUUCACUCACCGUUAGUGGAAUUGAAAUGAAUCUUGAAACUUUACCUUCUCCUGGUGUUGCUCAAUGCGAUAAACAAGGAAGGAGGGUUAUGCAUGAAUUCCUUGAACCACGAACAAGUUCAAUGUCUCUAUUUCAGGAGGAUGCAUCUUUUCAGAUGCCCAAGUGUGCAACAAGCUCAAACAAGGAACAUGCAGAUAAAAGCAAACAAUUUAGUACCUCAAACCUUGACAGAGAAACUCACUGUCCAGUUGGUGAAAACUCGACUUCGUAUUGUCUCAAGGAUGUUGGAGAACCUGAGACGCCUUGGAAUUCAAUGCAAGAACAAGAAGAGAUUGGUUUAAGUUUGUUGCCUAAAUCAUGUAACGUAACAGUUUCCAAUCUGAGUGGUGAAAUCCAGGAGAGGACUGUCUCAGUAGAGGACUGUGGCUGUGUCUCGGAUAGCCCUCCUUCAUCUUCUGGUGAGAAUCAAGACGGUGGCACUGAUUGUUCUCAGGAGAUUGAUACUAGUAAGACAGUAGGGGACGAAACUUACGAAAUUUCUCAGGAAAUUGAAACCGCAACUGAAACUGAACGUGAUGACAUCAAGCAUGAGGAAGUUAAUAUGGCGGAAGCCAAGGAUUAUGGUGAAGAUGGGGAGAAAAAUGAUUCUCAUGAAACCGACACAAACAAAGCAGAGGCUUUGGUUAGUGAAGAAUUCCAGUCAGUAGUUGAUACGACCAAUGUGGUAGACUGUGUGAAAGAUGAAGAUAUACAGAGGAAUGAUAAUCACAACGAUGAAGAGUCUUUCCCUCCCCAGAACUCAAAGAAUGUUGCUGUUGCUGAUGAAAUCUCACUAGCCAGAGAUGGUAGGCAGCUAAAGAGAGGUGGACCGAGCUCAAGGAUAGAAAAAUUUUACCAAAAGCGCCGGAAAGUUUUGCGACCCGAUGGAGAAAGGAGGUGCACCCGGAGCUUGUCCCGAGACAGCACCACAUCCUGACUUGUUUCUUUUAUCGUCUUGAAGUGUUAAAAAUGUGUUUAUGUUUCUCAUGCAAAGCAAAACCCUGUAAAUCCUCCGCAUCAUGUUUUUUUCAUGGGUUGUAAAGGAUAAUCAUCUUAGUAUGCGAUCUUGUUGUUGUGAUUUGUUGAUAUUUAACCCAUAUGUCGGUUACUGGCUCAGUUGCCAUCUAGCUAAAAGCAUGCGUUACUAAAAAUGUUGAUUUUUCUGGUGAA